CAGCUAAGCACUGGUUUCAGUGCCCCAGAGAAACUGGUGCUACCCAGUGAACCUCCAGCCUCCGCCUUGUCCAGCGUGCUCCCUGUGCCAGAGACUGAGCCAAGCCACCAGACUAUCUUGCCCCCUUCCACGGACACUGCCCUCACAAGUGCCUUAGAGUCGCCUAGAGCCCUUGAGCCAGCCCGGCAAGGAGAACAGGAGGCCCCCGCAGGGCAAGAAGCCAGCGGUUCCCACUCUCCCCACAAGCGGCUCAGGUGUAGCCUGGAAGAACUGAACGGGGACUCUGCCAGCAGCCUUCCACGAGGAUCACUCCGGGGCAGCAAGACUGGACGGCGGGGGGGUGGGCGGGGGCGGGGAAGGCGCCACUUCAAUGGCCAACUUCCUGAGUUGGGCGCAGGACAUUUGUCGCAUCCCACCUGGCGUUGCAACGGGGAAAUGGUGGCUAGCAGUGCAGAAACCCAAGCAGGUCCUUUUGCUGUUCAGGAGAUAAAGGGACCUCCAGGUAGGCGACCAGCCCGCCGUGGCCGAAGGAGGAAAAGCAGUGGUGUCCGGCCCAGUGCCCGACCUGAGACUACACGGAUUCGGGGUCCUAGCAUUGAUCCAGGGUCCAGCCCAUUGGUUGACUACACUGUUGCUCGCCGUCCUCGGCCUGGCCGGCCUGUGAAAAACAGGAGGAGGAAAUUGGCCACAUAACACUGCCUGGAACCAAGGGGUCUCCACCACUGUCCACUCUUAAACAAAGAGAGCUUGGGACAUCUGUCUCUCCCCAUCCAUGAUCCCCUUCCAUCUCCGGGGCCCAGCCUACGGGCGUAGCCCAAAGGAGGGGAGGAAAUACCAGCAAAAGGAUCGGUUGUUGCUGACGGCUCUGAGCAUCUUGACCAUGAAUGUGUUUUAAGCUUCACCACUUGCCUGGAUUCCGGAAUCUUUUGCCAGAGGGAUCUCUAAAAGCACACGGUGCAGCUCUGGUCUCAGCAUUUUUUUUUUGGAAUGGGUGGGGUGGGGUUUGCUGUCAGGAGGAGGCUAAGGGGGAGAGGGGAGAGGGCCACGCCCAUAGCACUUCUUGAAGCCAUGUUUGUAACGUUCCUCUUGGUGGUGCAGGAGACCCUCCUGCCCUUGCUUUUGUGUCUUCCCCCACCCCUGGUGAGAUUCCCCUAUGGUUGGGUCCCCCCGAAACCUCAGAAAGGAGUAGCAAGGGCCGUGUCCUCCUGGAGGGGGACGACGCCCUUUCACUUCCCACCUUACCUCAGGCCUGCGUGCACCGCACACGGGUGAGAACCGGCUCAGGGUUUUAGUACAAGAAUCAGUUGCUUCUUCUCUCUGCCUUGCCAAACACACACACACACACACACACUCUUUCUCUGUCACACACACGCAGGUAAGCUUGGUCCUGAUCCCAGUGGCCAAGGUACAAAGCAAUAAGGAAAAUAAGCCACGUUAAGUUCAAGGAAAAAUCCUAUUCAGUUUUCCAAGAAAUUUCUUCCCUUCCCUCCCAAUGCAGCCUCUCUGCCUCUAUUUAUAUGCUACUCAAAGACGGCAACAAUACGCCACACCCUGAAUGGUGACUUAGCCUGUUCUAUUCUCCUCUUCAAGUCCAGUUGCAACUCUGGGUCUGUAAGAGUCUCAAGUGCAUCCUUCUUCCCUACACAAAAAUACCCCUAUUUGUUUUUAAACUAUAUAUUAUUUCCUUGUAUUUCCCUUUUUU